UUUUUUUUUCCUCUAUAUUUUAGGAUAUGUCAGCAUAUGUGAAGAAAAUCCAGUUUAAGUUACAUGAAAGCUAUGGCAAUCCUUUAAGAGUUGUUACUAAGCCUCCAUAUGAAAUUACUGAAACGGGAUGGGGUGAAUUUGAAAUAAUCAUCAAAAUAUUUUUCAUUGACCCUAAUGAAAGACCUGUAACCCUGUAUCAUUUAUUAAAGCUGUUUCAAUCGGACACCAAUGCAAUGCUAGGGAAAAAGACAGUGGUUUCAGAGUUCUAUGAUGAAAUGAUAUUUCAAGACCCAACAGCAAUGAUGCAGCAAUUAUUAACAUCUCGUCAACUAACAUUAGGAGCCUAUAAACACGAAACAGAAUUUGCAGAACUUAUGAAAACCAGAGAAAAAUUAGAAGCUGCCAAGAAAAAAACAAGCUUUGAAAUUGCAGAGCUUAAGGAGAGAUUAAAAGCAAGUCGCGAAACUAUAAAUUGUUUAAAAAAUGAAAUCAGAAAACUUGAAGAAGAUGAUCAGACGAAAGACAUAUGAACAGUUCUGAAGAAAACCUGGUUGAAGACUAAAGUGAAA